ACAAAUUAUUGGAAAAAAUAAAAAUUUUCUACUCUCAUAGAACAUUUAUAUAGUUUUUAACACAAUUUUCUUAUAGCCUUUUACUAACUUAAUUAGUCUAGUAAUUAGCACUCUUUAAUUGUAUUCCAAAAACCUAUUUACUAUGUGCCAUCAAAUCUAAAUAAAUUAGUUAACUUGUUAAAAGAAAAGGGAAACUAACGAAUUCCCACAAAAAAAGGCAAUCAUUAUGGAAUUGUCUGUAUCAAAAGUGAUUUUAGCUGCAUUUUUAUUUGUAUAUGGAAUUCCUUCAUUUAGCAAUGCAACACGUGUACUUGAACUUAGCGAUCGUUUUAUCGAUGUCCGCCACGAAAGUCAAUGGCUGGUCAUGUUCUACGCCCCAUGGUGUGCAUAUUGCAAACGCACCGAACCAGUAUUCGGUCUAGUUGCACAAUCGUUACACAGUACAAAUGUAAGAGUCGGUAGAUUAGAUUGUACACGCUUUCCAGCUGCGGCUAGAGAAUUCCGUAUACGUGGCUAUCCCACAAUAAUGUUUAUCAAGGGCAACAUGGAAUUCACUUACAGCGGUGACAGAACCAAAGAAGAUUUAGUCGACUACGCUCUUCGUAUGAGUGGGCCACCAGUGCAAUUAGUCACUAGAACAGAAAGUGUUGAUAUGCUCAAGGACGCCCACACUUUGUUCUUUAUGUUUGUUGGCCAACAAGAAGGUGUUGUUUGGGAUACUUUCUAUGGCGCUGCCGAAAGUUAUCAAGAACAUGGUUUCUUUUAUGCUACAACUGAGGAUAUUGCUCAGCAACAUUUUGACAUCGAACAGUUGCCAGCUGUGCUGGUUUAUAAAGAAGAGGCACAGCAUUUGUAUGCACAUGCUCAUGUAGCUCAUGAAAUGGAUCCGGCUGAAGUUAAUGAAACAAUUCAUCAUUGGGUGAAUGUUGAACGUUUUGUUACUUUCCCCAAGAUUACUCGGUUUAAUAUCCAUCAAUUGAUGAAGACUAAGAAGUACCUGGUUGUUGCUGUGGUGGAAGAAGAUAAACUCAAUCAGGUGGCAACACAUGAGCUGGAAUUCCGUGAUAUGGUUGAGGGAGUUAUUAGAAAGUAUCGAGAUCGUUAUCAUGAUCAAUUUCAAUUUGGAUGGAUUGGUGAUCCCAGCAUAGCACAUUCCAUCGUAAUGGACGCACUGCCAACACCCCACAUCAUUGUCAUCAAUUCAACAACCCAACAUCAUCACAUCCCAGAAGAUGAUCCCAUGCAAAUGACUCCUCAAUCUUUGCACAUUUUCCUUGAAACAAUAAGCAAUCAGACGGCAGUUGUUUAUGGCGGUGAUACCUUCUUGGUGCGUCUCUAUCGGGCAUGCUUCGAAGCCAAGAAAUCCCUUAGAGAAAUGUGGCUAGGCAAUCCAGUGCUAACAACUGUCUUGUUUGGCCUGCCAUUAGGAUUCCUCGCAUUGAUUUUGUAUUCGAUCUUCUGCGGUGACUGUUUGGAUGCUUCCGAAGAAGACGAGGACGAGCACGAAAAGAAGGAAUAAACCAAAUGUCGAAGGGAUCGGGAGAAUGAUUCUCCUCCCAAGUCAAUCAAAUUAAAUUUUAAAUGUUGUACAUUUCUGUUGUGAUCUCAAUUCAAAUCACUUUUGUGUUUCUCUCAUUCUUUUUGUGUAUUUA